AUGUGUUUGCGUUCCGCAGCAGCUGAAGAAGCAUUCCGUCAUUUGAGUGAUUUGGAGCAAUCACUGCCACUUUGCGCCACCAGUACUAUCAUUAACAAAACAACAACAACAACAACACAAACAACAACAAUAACAGCAACAAUUACUUCAACUCCUUCAAUGCAAACAACUACAACUACCUCAUCACCACCAUCACAAUUGACCUCAAAUAAAAAACAAUCAACACAAAAUCGUUUCAUUUCACGUUCGGUGCAUAAUUUACAUUUGUUAACACCAAAAAAUCGAAUACUAAAUAACGGACAUACACUUUGUCGCAGCAAUGAAAAUAACAAUCAAACAAUAUCAAAUGGAAAUUUAUUUAAUGGAGCAGCAAAAGAAGAGGAGGAAGAAGAAGGAAAUUCUUCUUUCCAAACAAAUCCAAUAUUAGGACGUCAAAUACGUCAGAAUGUCGAGAAAUUCACUGUACAAAAUCAAGAAACAAAUAUUAAAAUGCCAUAUAUACGAAUGAAGAAAUGGUUGAGCAGUGCUGAUGUGAAGUAUAGUAGAGGAGGAAGACGUAAUUCACGUGACCAUUUAAUGAAGAAUAGCAAAGUUGGCACGUCAACAACUAAUUUAUCAUAUUGUAAAUCAAUAAAUAAACAUGGACCGACAAGCAAUUCAAAUAUAUCACAACAUUCGUUGUUACCUUUUAGAUUAGAACUGCGUGAACCGUCAUUUAUACGUGAGAAAGGUGUGCUACAGGUAUUUGUAAACGGUAAACCGGUGUAUCUUCCAGUACCAAAUUCAGUAAGCAAUCUUGAUCUUACACGUGAACUUGAUGCUCCUACAUGUGAACCGAAACUUAACUGGGUUUACGGUUAUCGUGGUAAAGAUUGUCGCGGGAAUCUCUAUGAAUUACCAACCGGUGAGAUUGCCUAUUUUACGGGUACAAUUGUUGUACUACACAAUCCUAACGAAUCGUUACAACGAUACUACACCAAACAUACCAGCGAUAUUAAAUGCAUGGCUAUUCAUCCAAAUAAACUUCAUAUUGCAACCGGUCAGACGUCGAGACGUUUUCUGGAAAAAGGUGGUUUCAAUAUUCGUCGUUCACCAAUAUCAUCAAUUAUGGAAUUGAAUAAUGUUUUGGAAACUGACCGGUAUAAGGCUCACGUACAUAUUUGGGAUUCAAUAACGCUGCAAACAUUACGUACAAUUGGAACAGGCGAUGCAAGCGCAAAUUUUGAUCGAGGUGUUCAGUGUUGCGCAUUUAGUCAUGCUGCAGCAAAUGGCAUGCAACUUGCAAGUGCUAAUGAUCAAGUGUUUGCAUGUGAAUUUCAUCCAUACUCCAAAAAUAUUUUAAUGUCAUACGGGAAAGGUCAUUGUAAUGUUUGGUCGAUUGAUGGAGGAGCACUCAUCAAAAAGCCUAUCAUAUUUGAGGGUCGUAAUAAACCAAAAUUGGUACUUUGUUCACAUUUCACCGAACGAGGACAUAUCAUAACUGGUGAUUCUAAUGGUACAUUAACAAUUUGGGAUACAUAUCAGAUUAAACCAAUUCGACAAGUACCAAAGGCUCAUAAUGGCGGUGUUUGGGCAUUAUGUUUACUUGGCAACGGGCAUUUUAUUUCGGCUGGUAAAGAUCGAAUGUUAUUUGAAUGGGAAACUGAUGGUUUAACAAAGAUUCGUGGUCCAAUAACAUUUCCGGAUGAAGGAAGUGGUUGUAUACGUACCAUAGCAUCAACCUCAAGUUCUAAGUUAUUCAUUGGUACAACAAGGAAUACAAUUUGGAGUGGCACAUUGGAUAAUGGUUUUCAACAAAUUCAACAGGCACAUGCAGAUGCUGUAACACAUAUAACAUCGCAUCCAACAAAACCAUACUUUCUCUCUUCUUCAACUGAUAAUAAAUUACGAUUGUAUGAUACAGAAACAAAAACAAUACUUUGGACAUUGAAUGUUAAGGAUGAAAUAUGUUGUACUGAUUUUCAUCCAAAAGGUGAUACUUUUGUUAUUGGUUUUGCAAAUGGUACAUGGACUGUAUAUAUUUACACACAUCAAACACAAAUUUAUAGUUUUGAAGAAGAAAUAAAUAAUGCAAUUACAACUAUACGAUUUUCAACAAUUGGCAAUUUUUUGGCUGUUGCAACUAAAGGAAAAAAGUUAACAAUUUACGCCAUAUCGGGUGAUUUCCGCCACUAUGUUAAAGUAUCACAAAUUACGGAAUUAAAUGCUUCGAUAAAGACGAUGGAUUGGUCAACGGAUGCUACCUUACUUCGAGCUAAUGACAAUGAUCUUCAACAUUAUAUUUGGAAUUCAAGUACUGGCCAACUGGCUACCAUACAAGAAGCCAAGGAUGUGGAAUGGGCUUCAGCAAGAUGUGUAGUUUCAUUUGAAAAUGCUUGCAUUUCAUAUGCUUUAAUGAAAUCUAUUGCUGCUAUUGAUUGCAGUCCUGAUAAGCGGUAUAUUGCAGUAGCAUUAUCAAAUGGUAUGCUUCGUUUUUAUCAGUAUCCGACAACAACCAUUCUGGCUUCAUACAAAGAAGCACACAGUUGCAGUGUCUCUGCACGAAAUGUUUCAUUUGUUGGAGAUUUGCUAAUUAGUGAUGGUAGCAACGAUGGUGCAAUUUAUCAAUGGAAAUUAUCCUAA